AAGGGAACAGAGGGGAACUGCAGGGACUCUAAGUCCAAUUUUAUCGCGAACUCAGUUUCCUGUUUGAUUUGGGAUUCUCGAUUUCCUAUUUGAUUUGGGACUCUCAGUCUCCUAUAUAUAUUGUGAUUGGGGUUGGGGUAUUUUCGAAUUCGAGUUCAAGCUUUUUAGUUUCUAGAGAAUUAUGGCGAAGGACAACAAUGGCUACAAGGACACCGAUGACAAGCUGCUGCGGGCGAAAAGGGUUAAGAACAAAGCCCCAGCCCCGGUCCAAAUCACCGCAGAGCAACUCCUCCGCGAGGCGCGUGAGGGUCAGGAGGGUGAAAUCCGUCCUCCCCAACAGCAAAUAAAUGACGCUACCGAGCUCGCUAAUUUUCACCUCCGAAUGCGCAAGGGAUUCGAGGACCAAGUCCGGCGCCAGAAGCGGAAUGCCCGCGUCUGGAUCAAGUAUGCUCGGUGGGAGGAGUCCCAGAAGGAAUUGGACCGUGCACGCUCUGUUUGGGAGCGGCUGCUUGAUGUAGAUUAUCGAAACCACACCGUCUGGGUCGAGUAUGCCACGAUGGAGAUGAAGAAUAAGAUGAUCAACCAUGCGAGGAAUGUGUGGGAGCGUGCUGUGCAACUCUUGCCGAGGGUGGAUCAGCUCUGGUACAAAUAUAUUCACAUGAAGGAGAUGAUAGGGAAUGCAGCUCGUGCUCGGGAAAUAUUUCGGAGGUGGAUGGAUUGGAUGCCGGACCAGCAAGGCUGGAUCAAAUUCAUCGAGUUUGAGCUUCGGUAUAAUGAAGUAUAUCACGCGAGAGCGAUUUUUGAGCAGUUCGUACAAUGUCAUCCAAAAGCUGACGCUUGGAUUCGGUAUGCCAAGUUUGAGAUGAAGAAUGGUGACGUUGCAAGGGUAAGGGAUGUGUAUCAGACGGCAGUGGAUGUGGUAGACAAUGAGGAGGAGGAGGCCGAACGGUUGUUUCUGGCUUCUGCUGAAUUUGAAGAAGGGUGCAAAGAAAUUGAGCGUGCAAGGAGUAUUUAUAAGUUAGGGCGUGAUCGUAUACCAAAAGGAAAGGCUGAUUCUUUGUAUAGGAUGUUCGAGGAAUUUGAGGAGCGUUAUGGGGACAGACAAGGGAUCGAGGAUGCAAUUGUGAACAAGGCAAGGUUCAAGUACGAGCAGGAGGUUAGGAAGAAUCCUUUGGAUUAUGAUGCCUGGUUCGGUUAUACAAGGCUAGAAGAAAAUGCAGGGAACAAGGAGAAGAUUAGACAAGUUUAUGAUCGAGCGAUUGCCAAUGUACCACCGGCUCAAGAAAAGCGGUAUUGGAAGCGCUACAUUUAUCUAUGGAUCAACUAUGCACUGUAUGAGGAGAUUGAUGCUCGCGAUGAGGACCAUGCACGCGCUGUCUAUAUAAUGUGCCUUGAACUGAUUCCUCAUAAGAAGUUUACAUUUGCAAAAAUGUGGAUUCUCGCUGCCGAGUUUGAGAUCCGACAACUGAAACUCGAGUCUGCACGUAAGAUACUUGGUACUGCAAUUGGCAAGGCAGCUAAAGGCAAGAUAUUUAAGAGGUACAUUGAGAUUGAGUGGCAACUACGUAAUGCUGAUCGCUGUCGGAAACUGUAUGCAGAGUUUGAGGAAAAUUCCUAUGCGUGGAUCAGUUAUGCAGAGUUUGAGGAAAAAAAUUGCGACGCGGAACGAGCCAGAUCAGUUUAUGAACUUGCCAUCAGCCAAAAACAACUCGACAAGCCCGAAUUGCUGUGGAAGUCAUAUAUCGACUUUGAACUAGCAGAGAGAGAGUUUGAGAGAGCUAGAGAUCUGUACGGGCGACUCUUAGAACGGACCCAACACGUUAAAGUCUGGAUCAGUUACGCAGCAUUCGAGGCAUCGGCUAUGGUGGGAGGAGACGGAAUGCGCUCAAAAGAUGUUAUUGAGCAAAAGGAACAAUGCAUUCAGCGCGCCAGAAGGGUUUUCGAGAGAGCGUCGGACUAUUUUCGAACUUCAGCGUCGGAACUUAAGGAACAAAGAAGUAUGCUGCUAGAACAAUGGCGGAACACGGAGGAGGAGUUUGGGGAUUUCGGUGAUGUUACGUUAGUGCAAGCGAAGCUGCCGCGGAGAUUGAAGAGGAAGAGGCCAAUAGUUGUUGAAGAUGGUGGUUCUGCUGGGUUUGAAGAAUACAUUGAUUAUCUUUUUCCAGAAGAAGCUCUUAACACGAACUGGAAGCUUUUCGAAGCUGCCUACCAUUGGAAGAGGCGAAAAGAUUCUUCUGCGGAGGAUGGGGAAGAUAAAGAAACAUAGCAAAUUAUAUGUUUCAUAUCGUGAUUUUAAUUUUUUGUUUUUUAAAUGUCUCUUUUUU